AUGUCCAUUGGGUUUGGGGUCCCUUUUCGUUCCUUUAAGGCCAAACCAUGGAUGAAUGUGGUGUCACUGCUCUGGCCUAAAGGCUCCGUCGAGUUAUGCAAUAUAUCUGCACCUCAUAUACAGAACAGAACAGCUCAUCUCCGCAAUUGCCAGUAGCUAUGUCCAAUAGAUAUAUUCCUGGGUGGUAUGAUGUAUUCUCUCUGAAGUUUCUUGUAGGCUUUCU